CCCUACUCACUCUUCAUCGUACAGAUAUAACAAACCCAUUAGAAAUAUGGCUUUGAGACGAGCAUUGCAUUUUGUUUUUAAAGUUGGUGACAGAGCCAAAACAGCCACGUUUUAUCGGGAUGUUCUUGGCAUGAAGAUUUUACGCCACGAAGAGUUUGAGGAAGGCUGCAAAGCAACUUGUAAUGGGCCCUACGACGGGAAAUGGAGCAAGACAAUGGUUGGCUUUGGUCCAGAGGAUGACCAUUUUGUUGCUGAACUAACAUAUAAUUAUGGGGUGGGGGAGUAUCACCUUGGCAAUGAUUUCUUGGGGCUUACUCUGCAGUCAAGCCAAGCUGUGAGCAAUGCUAAACGUCUUGGAUGGCCUCUUACUGAGGUAGGAGAGGCUCUGUAUCUGAUCCAGGCUCCAGGAGGAUAUCCUUUUUACAUUGUGGACAAAGAGCAGCCUCCAACUGAUCCCGUGCACAAGGUAUGUCUCGGAGUAUCAGACCUACAGAUAUCAACCCACUACUGGACCAAUCUUUUGGGAAUGAAAGUGAUGGAAAAGAAUGAGGAAAAGAAAACAGUGCUGAUGGGAUUUGCAGACUCUCAAUGUAAGCUGGAGCUUCAGGAUAUCUCAGGAAAUGUUGAUCAUGGAACAGCAUUUGGGAGGAUAGCAUUUUCAUGUCCACGCGAGCAACUGCCUGACCUUGAAGCCUUGAUGAAAAAAGAAAAUCAGAAAAUACUCACUCCAUUAGUCAGCCUGGACACUCCUGGAAAAGCCACAGUGGAAGUGGUUAUUUUGGCUGAUCCAGAUGGACAUGAAAUUUGUUUUGUGGGAGAUGAGGCUUUCAGGCAGCUGUCAAUGGUCGACCCAAAAGGAAAUGAACUGCUUGAUAAGGCCAUGGCAGAAGACAAAAGUGAUGAGUGGUUUGCCAAACACAACAGACAGAAGGCUACUGCAUGAGAUGAAGGGGCUUGUCUGAAAAACUGUCAAACCUCUUUUUCUGUUUUGUCACCCGAUUAUAUGAAAACUUCUGUGCAAGGAUCCUGAAAUCUUUAGUCCUCUUCUGCUGAUGAUACAAUGGUCCAAAAUGAGUUUUAAUGCCAGGAAUCUUGGCAUUAGGCAGACCUAUAAAAACUACUUUUUGAGUGUGUAAUAGUUAGCUUAGUAGCAUUUAGCAGAAAAAAUUUAGUAAAAAUGAAACAUUAAUCAGUUGGCCUAUCUAAACUAGUGUUUAAUCACCUGAAUAAAUAAUUUGAAGUAUAAUUUUUGGAAAAUGUUACUGGGAUAAAUAUUACACACUCCACAUUUAAACUUGAUUUUUUUUUGGUCAAAAAUAAUAAGAAAGAGAUGUAAGAACAAAGAACAUAUAUUCUUCAUAAAAAUAAAAAUGAGUCCAAUACUUGGUGGUUGGUGCU